UAACUCGACGCAUGCGCAGCAGCGUCACGUUGCCAUCUUUGAGGAACGAAGAAUGUGAAAGAAGUGAUACAUUUUUGCUUUAAAAUGGAUGAAAAUCAAAUUCAGGACCUUAAAGCUGAGCCUCCAGAGCCCCCAACAGAACCCCCAAGAAGUAAUGGCCAUCCCAUUGCAGACCCAGCAGAGCCCCAAAGGAUGCCAGUUAAGCAACUUGAGAAAAUAGCAGAAGAUACUUCUGUAAUAGCUGACAGAGAGACAAAUGCGCCUCUAACACAAGUCGACAUGGUCCCUACACCAACAGGUAGCAACUUAAUACAACAGAGUACAUCUAUGGUUGUGAGCCAAGUCUCUACCACAGACAAUAAUGUGUCAAAGCCAUUAAAACUAAUGGUACCAGAGCCACAGCCCAUUAAAGAGAUGGUCCUUCACAGCCCCCCUCCUGACUUCCAAAACUCCGUCGGAUUGCAGGCAAAGAAAGUGGACCAUACCCAUGCUUCCAUACUCAUCAAAAGCCCAACAAGUACCAGUACAAUGAAAAAGGUUGAUUUUGCUCUCAUUGAGAGCAGCACAAAUGGUGACAAACAGGAGGCAGCAAAUUGCUCUAAGACGGAAGUGGAGAAAAGCACCUCUGCUUCUGUAGCUGCUAUACCAGGUGGUAUUUCUGUGACAGAUCUUCCCAGCAUCCCAGUGGAGUACGAGGAACCAGAGUUUAUUUGGGAGGAGUACCUGGAGGACACGGGGGCGUCGCCCGCACCUCCCACCGCCUUCAAACAUGUUGAGUGCAGUCUACAAAGUGGUUUCACCAAAGGCAUGAAGCUGGAAGUGGCCAACAAAUGUAACAGUAACACGUACUGGGUGGCGUCCGUGGUCAUGACGUGUGGUCCUCUGCUCAGGCUCCGGUACGACGGAUACGACGAGGACAGUUCUGCCGACUUCUGGGCCGAUGUGUUUACAUCUGAUAUACACCCCAUUGGCUGGUGUGCACAGAAUUCCAAGAGUUUGCAGCCCCCUGAAGCUAUUAAAAACAAGUAUGACAACUGGAGUGAGUUUUUGGUGAAAACAUUGACUGGAGCAAGAACUGCACCAAAUUACCUGCUGGAUAGGACCACAGGUAUCACUCCCAUUGACCAAAUCAAACAAGGCAUGAGGCUGGAAGUACAACACGAGCUACAGCCCAAGUCUGUGUGGGUGGUGAGAAUUAUUGAGAAUAUUGGAGGCCGCCUCUUGCUGCGGUACGAAGGCACAGAUUCUGCCACCCAUGACUUCUGGUUGUUUUACCUCCAUCCACGACUGCAUCCCAUUGGAUGGGGGCAAGAAAAUGGCUGCAUUUUUAGACCUCCAGCAGAAAUCAAAGGAGAACAUGAAAACUACACGGAAUGGUCUGAAAUUCUCCAGUCUGCAAUCAAGGAGGCAGGGGAGAGACAGCUGCCAUCAGAUGUCUUCAAGGACCAGAUGGAGUUGAGAGAACACAGCUUCCAGAGAGGUUGGAAGCUGGAGCUUCUGCACCCCAAGAAUCACACCCACCUGUGCCCCGCCACUGUGGUCCAGGUGAUCAACAACCUGUACUUUAUAGUGGAGGUGGACCAGCUGACGGAGGGCGAGAACACCACACCUGUGCGAUUGUGCUGUCACGCAGACUCCCCAGAAAUAUUCCCAAUUCGAUGGGCAAUGUGGAAGGGAGUGACGCUGAUCACCCCAAAAGGUUAUGCCAAACCAGAAUUUGACUGGGAUGUCUACCUGGCAGACACAAAUUCCGAGGCAGCUCCAGAGAAGUGCUUCAACAUGGAGGUUCCAGAACACGAGUUUAAACGAGGACAGAAACUGGAGGCUGUGAACCCUGAACACCCCCAUCAGAUCUGCUGUGCAACAAUCACCAAAAUCAUUGACAAACUAAUCUGGAUACACUUGGACAGCUCUGCUUCCAUGAAAGCCAAUCAUAUUGUAGAUGUGGAGUCACAUGAUAUAUUCCCAGUAGGCUGGUGUGAAAGUAAUGGCUACACUUUGAAACCGCCACAGAAGAAUUUUGGGAGAGGGCGUGUGAAAAAAGUAGCUGUUGUGCAGCCUGAGAGGAUAGUUGGUGACCACUGCAGUCCUGAUGACUUCAGAGCUUUGACUUUCUCACAGAUACAAAAUGGGGAUGCCGGAAAUGGCUGGUGCCCCAAGAUUUACUUCAACCACAAGUGUUUUUCUGGUCCGUACCUUAGCAAGGGGCGUAUAGCUGAGCUUCCCAAGUGUGUGGGUCCUGGUCCCGUGGUGCUGGUGAUUAAAGAGGUGCUAACCAUGCUUAUUAAUGUGGCCUACAAGUCCAGCAGGGUGCUACGAGAGCUGCAGAUGGACCAUGAGCCGAACCCUAGGAUGUACCAGCAAAUGCUCAAAGCAAAAUACAAAGGCAAGAGUUACCGUGCAGUGGUAGAGAUUUGUAAGACUACAGAACAAAUUGAGGAAUUCUGUCGCCAAGUGUGUAUCAAGCUGGAGUGCUGCCCAAACCUCUUCAGCCCCCACUACGUAGACGAGAACUGCCCAGAACACUGCUCUCAGCUCACCAAGACCAAAUACACAUAUUAUUAUGGCAAGAAGAAGAAAAGGAAGAUAGGACGGCCACCAGGGGGACACACAAAUCUGGAAAAUGGGCCCAAAAAACCUGGGAAACGGCGCAAAAGGAAGAAGGUGAACCUGAUGGCCAAGAAGAAAUCUGUAGUUUCAGAAAACGGUGAUGAUUUAGACAUGAACGGAGAAGGGGAAGAGGAGGAGGUAUUUGAAGCAGAUAAUCAAAGCGUAGUUAGCAAAGAAUCAGAAGACAGUGUUGAACGAGAGAGACAGAUGUACUCUAGACAAACCUCGAGGCAAAUUUCCAGGGAUCCCGAUUUUAAACCUUUGCGUCAAAAACGCAAAUAUACACAUUAUGUGGCACCACCUACAGACAUUCGCACCAGAGGCGUGAAACUGCCAAAAUAUACUUUUGAAAAGAGGACUCACAAGAAAAUAUUGUGGUCAGAGAUGUUUGAUGGAGAUGAGGACGUAGAAGAAGAAGUCCCACAAGAGGAGGUGAGGAAGAAACGAGGAAGGAAGUCGAAGAAAGAUCUGGAAACAGAAAUGGUGGCAUCCACACUUCCAUCUCAGAAGGAGAAACCCUACUAUUCUAUCAAGCCCUCUGAGAGACUAUACCUGGAAUCGAACCCUCUCCACUGGAGUGUGGCCAAUGUCAUACAGUUUAUUAAAACCACAGACUGUGCACACCUGGCCAGGGCUUUUAAAGAACAGGACAUAGAUGGUCAAGCACUGCUGUUGCUGAGCCUGCCAACACUCCAGGAACACAUGGAGCUAAAACUGGGACCUGCAAUCAAACUGUGUCACCAUAUAGAGAGGGUCAAACUGGCUUUCUUUGAACAAUUUGUAUAGGAAUCAUCCACUGUCUUUAGUAAUUUGAGGGGUCGGUUAUAAGUUGAAAGUUAUACCUUAAUCAUGGAUUUCUGAAUUAUGAAAAAUGCUUGUCACUUGUUGAAAGAAAUUGAGAAACAUAAUAAGAAUGGUUGGUUAUAAUGAGAUGAAGGUUAUACCUUAAUCAUGGAUUUCUGAAUUAUGAAAAAUGCUUGUCACUUGUUGAAAGAAAUUGAGAAACAUAAUAAGGUUGAGUAGUAACAAUUUAUUUUCAGAAGUGCUUGCAGCUAGUUCAUAUACCAGGCUAAGCCUUGUUGACAAAUUCAUAUAAUCAUGGAUUUAUGAAUUAAAAAUAUGAGGAAAAAGUCAAGAAUUGCAAGUUAAAAUGUAAAUCAAUAGGCUUAUUAUUUAGAAGCAAUUUUAAAUAGCGGUAAUAUGUGCUCAAACUGUUUAACCUUGUAUGACUAUGAUAUAAUGAUUUUUUAAAGAUAUUUUUGUUGGACUUCACGGAGGUUACUUAACACAGGGUUCAAGACAAUCCAACUCUCAGGCUAGAAAUGACCUCGUAAUUUGCAAAAUGUCUCUUCGAAAUUUUUUGCCAAAGUCACUUUCCUGAUUGAGAGGUUACUUUUUAAAUACAUUGAAAAAUGAUUCUAUCUGAAUUUCUAUUAAAAUGCCACCAUGACAGAAGUUUUUGGUAGUUUUUAAAGGGGAAUUUUAUGUCCUUGCAUUUUUGAUUUUGUUAAUCAAGUUCGUAAUUGCCCACUUAAUGUGCAAUGUAUACAUGAAAAUUCCAUUUUACUAUGCCAUUGUUGAUGUUGAAAAGAUUAAAAAAAUUGCUGAGAAAACAU